AUGUCUACACAAUUUAGGAAGUCAAAUCAUAAUAGUCAUAGUAGUAAAAAACUGAAUCCUGCGCUAAAGUCCAAAAUAGACACGCUUACAGAAUUGUUCCCUGACUGGACGAGUGAUGAUUUAAUUGAUAUAGUUCAAGAAUAUGAUGAUUUGGAAACUAUAAUUGAUAAAAUUACUUCCGGCGCAGUGACAAAAUGGGAUGAAGUAAAGAAGCCUGCUAAGAAGGAAAAAUAUGAAAAGAAGGAACAACAACACUCAUAUGUUCCUCAGCAACAUUUGCCAAACCCUGAAGACGAUAUUACAUACAAGAGUUCUAAUAAUAGCAAUUCUUUUACUUCUACAAAGCAUAACACCAAUAACAACUAUACUCAAGGCAGAAAUAAGAAGAAGGUACAAACACCACGAGCUCAUACAACUGGAAAACAUGUCAACAUAGACAAGGGAAAGCAUAUUCCAUCUAAGCCCGUUUCAAAUACUACAUCGUGGGCAGCAGCCGUUUCCGUAGAUACUAAACAAGACGUUCCUCAAGAUUCCAAUAAUAAUGAUGAUUAUGAUGAAGGAUUAGAAGAACAAGAGCAAGAGCAAGAAAAAAUUCAAGAAAAGGAACAAUUAGAAGAACAGCAACAAGAACAAGAACAAAGUACCAAGGAAGAACAAAAAAACACAGAACAACCUUCCUUGCUUUCGAAGAAAACUUCCAAAACCUCUGCUUCCCAACCAAAGAAAAUGUCAUGGGCUGCCAUUGCUACGCCAAAACCAAAAACUGUUAAAAAGACUGAAUCUCCUCUUGAAAACGUUGAUGAGUUGAAGAAAGAACUAAGUGAGAUUAAGAAGGAUGACCAAACGUUGGAAACUAGUGGAGAACAAAGUAAUGAACAAGAUAUCGAAGAGGUGGUAGAAGUUGUGGAAAUUGAGGAAAGUGAAGAAAGAGCCCCUGAAGUGGAUGAAGAAGAAGUCGAAGAAGAGGCAGAAGAAAAUGAACAAGAAAGGGAAGAGGAAGGUGACGUAGAGGAACAAGAGCAAGAACAAGAUAAGAUUUCUUCUCCAGAAGAAGAAGUCGCAGUUGUCGAAGAAAGAGUUGAAAUUAGUGCUGUUAUUUCAGAACCUUCAGCAGAUCAGGUUAACACUGUUUCCCAAUCACAACAACAGCAACAGCAACAACAACAACCUCAACAGCAGCAACAGCCUCAACAACCUCAACAACCUCAACAACAGCAACAACCUCAACAACAACAACAACAGCAACAACCUCAACAACAACAACAACAGCAACAACCUCAACAACCCCAACAACAAGAACAACAACAGCAACAACAGCCUGUACAAGGUCAAGCUCAAGAAGAACAAUUGUCUCAGAACUACUACUCUCAACAGCAACAACAACAAUAUGCUCAGCAACAGCAUCAAUUGCAACAGCAGUACUUAUCUCAACAACAACAAUACGCUCAGCAACAACAACAGCAUCCACAACCCCAAUCACAACAACCUCAAUCACAACAAAGCCCACAAAGCCAAAAACAAGGGAACAACGUGGCUGCCCAACAGUACUACAUGUACCAGAACCAGUUUCCUGGAUAUUCUUAUCCAGGUAUGUUUGAUUCUCAGGGAUAUGCUUACGGUCAACAAUACCAGCAAAUUGCUCAAAACAACGCUCAAUCAAACGGUAACACUAACCAGUAUAAUUUCCAACAAGGUUACGGUCAAGCAGCCGGUAACACUGCCACUGCCGCUAAUUUGACUACCGCAGCAGCUGCCACAGCUUCUCCAGCUACAGCUCACGCCCAACCUCAACAGCAGCAACCAUACGGUGGCUCAUUCAUGCCAUACUAUGCUCACUUCUAUCAACAAUCAUUCCCAUACGGUCAACCACAAUAUGGUGUAGCUGGUCAAUAUCCAUAUCAAUUACCCAAAAACAAUUACAAUUAUUAUCAAACUCAGAACGGCCAGGAACAACAAAGUCCAAACCAAGCUGUUGGUCAACAUGCCGAAGAUUCACAACAAAAACAAUCACAACAAUCACAACAACAGCAAUCUCAAGGCCAACCUCAACCAGAAGCUCAGAUGCAAAAUGGCCAACCUGUUAACCCACAACAACAAAUGCAAUUUCAACAAUAUUAUCAAUUUCAACAACAACAGCAACAGGCUGCUGCUGCUGCUGCUGCUGCUGCACAACAAGGUGUACCAUACGGUUACAACGGUUAUGAUUACAAUUCUAAGAACUCAAGAGGCUUCUAUUAA